CAAAAUAUGUUCCUACUCCUUUUCUCUCUCCUUCUCGCAUCAUUCAACCAAUUAAGAACCAACUGAAGCAAUACACAGCAACAAGAAGAACCUGAAGAAGAAGAAGAAGAGGAAGAAGACGAAGAAGGUGCGAAACCUUAAACCAUUUUUUUCCUCUUUGUUCUUGAGCUUUAAUCUGAUCGUUCAUGGGAGAUUUCAGCCACUCAGUUGGUGAAUUCUGGAGGUGGAUUUGAUUGGAAUUGGGGUUUUUGGGUUGAUUUGGUGGAGAUGACUCUGUACGAGGGAUAGAUGUUGAGAAAUUAGCACAACCACUUGGAAUUCUUUUGAAAUUUUUACUUAUGGAUAGGCUCUGUUGUUUUAAUGCUUCAUACUCUCGGAUUAGAUCGGCUUUAAACUACGGUAAAGGAAGAAGCCACGAGGGGCUUAUCAAGUACGGGUUCUGCCUGGUAAAAGGGAAAGCUAAUCAUCCCAUGGAAGAUUACCAUGUUGCUAAGUUUGUUCAGAUUCAAGAACAUGAACUGGGGCUCUUUGCCAUUUACGAUGGCCAUUUAGGAGAAAAUGUGCCUGCCUAUUUACAAAAGCAUUUGUUUUCUAAUAUCCUGAAGGAGGACGAGUUUUGGGUCGAUCCCAACAGCUCCAUCUCGAAAGCCUAUGAGAAGACAGACCAAGCAAUUCUAUCUCACAGCUCCGACUUGGGUCGUGGUGGAUCAACUGCGGUUAAUGCUAUUCUGAUUAACGGUCGACGAUUAUGGGUGGCCAAUGUUGGAGAUUCUCGUGCAGUUCUAUCAAGAGGGGGUGAAGCUAUACAGAUGAGCAUCGACCAUGAGCCAAGUACGGAGCGUGGCAUCAUUGAGAAUAAAGGGGGUUUCGUUUCGAACAUGCCAGGAGACGUACCUCGAGUGAAUGGUCAGCUAGCAGUGUCACGAGCAUUUGGAGACAAGAGUCUCAAAUCUCACCUGCGAUCGGAUCCCGAUAUACAUGAUAUCAACAUAGAUGCCAACAUGGAUGUAUUAAUUCUUGCCAGCGAUGGUCUAUGGAAGGUAAUGGCCAAUCAAGAAGCGGUCGAUAUCGCUCGAAGAAUCAAAGACCCAUUGAAGGCUGCUAAGCAGUUGAUAACUGAGGCUUUGCAGAAAGAGAGUAAAGAUGAUAUAUCAUGCAUUGUGGUUAGAUUUAGGUGAUUUUUAGAUUUUAAAUUUUUUACCCCCACCCCCUCCAGAUUCAGUAUAUACCUCUAAUAAGAUUUUCCGAGUUACGGAUUAGGCCAACAAGGUAAGUAUACGUGUUUUGGGUAAUCCUUACGAAGAUUUGAUGAUUUAUCGACGAUAAAAAGAGUGGGACGAAGACUGUAUCUGUAAAUUUGAUUAGGCCGAUCGUGUCUAUAUUGGUUGAUAUCUUUCUGAUGGUGAAUUUGAAGUUCUUAAUGUGUAAUAUUGUCUUAUUAUUACAUGGAAGGACUACCAAACCUUGUAGUCCAAGGAUUAUGUGUCUUCAUGUUUGGUUUUA